ACAACAAGUUCGGUACACAACAUGGCAAGUUCUCUCCCCUUUGGAACGGUGAUGUCUUGCCCACGACACGAAAGCGGUAGAAGUGGAGCGUCUGCCACCCCAAAGCCGCUGGCCUUCUCGAUUGACCGGAUCAUGUCCAAGACCUCGGAACCGAAAGGCAAUUUGGAUGAGCGGCGAGUGGAGUCUUCAGGGGGAAAGAAGAUGCUCGGGCUCUGCUCACCUAUACCGUGCAUGAUCCCCCUGCAACCUUUUAGCUACGACUUACAAGCCAAGGCGCUGAUGAACUACUCCGAAUUUUGGAAAGCUAAUUUCAGAGGAACACUAUGCACUUCUGCAGCGAUGUGCAAAGCCAACUGCGGGAUGUGUUGCAAAACGGACUCGGGGUUGAAGCAGUCUUUAUUACCGGGGAGCAGGGUGAUUAAACCCCAGGUCAUCCAUCAGACGGUGGCGAUGCCCACCAACGGCUCUUUUUACUAUUUCAACUACCUGGACUCUGCUUAUCACCAGUCUGAGCUGCUAACCGGACACUUGUUCUCCUCGGCCCUGGCCAACUCUCAAGCCCAGGCUUCUCUCAGUGCGCACCAGAAACUGCUAUUGCUGGAGAACGCCAAACUCGCCAGCGCUUCCGCCGAGAAGUUUCCGACACCUCAGUACCCACACAAGGAGCAUCUUCCUGGCCAGCUCGACCAGAUAGUGAAGGAGAACCAUAACCAGAGCUCGGAGAAAAAUGGAGUGAAAGCGCACAGCAAGCUCAACAACAGCUCCAUGGACGGAAAACCCAAAAACUUCACCUGCGAAGUGUGUGGAAAGGUGUUCAAUGCUCAUUAUAAUUUGACACGACACAUGCCAGUGCACACAGGCGCUAGGCCGUUCGUGUGUAAAGUUUGCGGGAAAGGAUUCCGUCAGGCCAGUACAUUGUGCAGACACAAAAUCAUUCACACACAGGAAAAGCCUCAUAAAUGCAACCAGUGUGGGAAGGCGUUCAACAGGAGUUCGACGCUGAACACUCACAUACGGAUCCAUGCCGGGUACAAACCAUUCGUCUGCGAAUUCUGUGGGAAAGGAUUUCAUCAGAAAGGAAAUUACAAGAACCACAAGCUGACGCACAGCGGAGAGAAACAGUACAAGUGUUCCAUCUGCAACAAGGCCUUCCAUCAGGUCUACAACCUAACCUUCCACAUGCACACGCACAACGACAAAAAGCCCUUCACGUGCGGAACCUGCGGGAAAGGCUUCUGCAGAAACUUUGACCUGAAAAAACACAUACGGAAGUUACAUGACAAUAAUUCAUGUAGGCCUAUAUCUGCAGCGACCGAUUCUUCCAGGGGACCCGAAAGCUGA